AUGGCACCACCGACGAAGCGACGUCGAAUUGAACCUACUGCCGUCGAGGAAAUCACCUUCGAUCCCGCUGCGAGGCAGGAUUUCCUGACGGGCUUCCACAAGCGAAAAUUGCAGAGGGCAAAACAUGCACAGGAGGCGGCGGAGAGGAGGGCCCGGGAAGAAAGGAUAGCGGAGCGCAAGAAGUUACGAGAAGAGCGCAAGGCCGAGUUAGAGCGUCAUGUCCAACAGGUCAAUGCGAUGCUGAGAUCGGCGUCGGCGCUGAAUGGCGCGGAAGAUCAAGGGACAGCGUCAUCGAACUCCGACGAGGAAUGGUCAGGUAUAUCGGGCGAGGAGCCUGCACCCGUCGACCACGAAGCAGAGUACAUUGAUGAAGACAAAUAUACCACCGUAACGGUAGAGGCUAUGGACGUAAGCCGAGAGGGUCUUUUCAAGGCCGAGCAAGCCAAAGACGAAGGCCACAAAACAUACGAGCAAGAAACGAAAGUAGGCCAGGAGCCAGGGAAGGUUGCAAAAAAGCCCAAGUGGACCAAGGAGAAGCCAAAGGACGGCUCGGAGAAACCCAAGCGAAAAAAGAAGAGAAACUUCCGAUACGAGAGCAAGACAGAGAGGAAAACGGCACGGUCCAAGGAAAAGUCCAAAGGUCGGAAGCAAGCGCGAGAACGGAGGGGUGGUGGAUGA